AUGGGCCAAGCUGAGGCUGCUGCAGUCAACCAAGCAAAGGCUCUAGUAUGGGACUCUAACAUGGGCAACCAAGGGGGUCAACUCGGUGUGGGCAUCUACUGCACGACCUUUAGUAUGGGAUAUUUGUACGAGAAUUGGCACGCCUCGCUGACGGCCACGUCAUCAUCCAAGUGGGCGAAUGUCAAAAAGGCUUGGAUACCGCAACAGGCAACUGUCAAUGGGCAGAAUCUCAACCUCUUCAGUAAUGAGCAGAAUAUUGUCGCUUAUCUCACGAGCCUUGGCCUUGAUCCCGCGAGAACUGUCCGCAUGGCAAAACAGGAUGAUUACAUUCAAUACUUGCUUCCCCCCGCCCUUGUCACUGGCAAUCCAUUAUCUAUCAAAGCCGUUGCCGUCCAGGGCCUGGAGACAAUCGGCUUCAACUAUGUCGAUUACACCAGUUGGGCAAAUAUUGUAAACCCAGAAGCUGAGCCAUACGCUGUCUCUUACUGA